AUGCUCCCGUGGAUAAUUCUACUCCUUCUGUGCUUCUUUAGUGGUGACACUCUCGGACAGAAUGACCCAGUCAAGCAUUUCUGUCGCCGAUGGGGUCAUCAGUCUGCUGUAGUAGACGGGAGGCUGUACAUCGAUGGUGGUCUGAUCAACUACCGGGAUCCAAAGACCAACCUGACCAAUACUUUCCUUUCGUUCCACGAUAUUGAAACCGCCGAUAAGAAUGGAAUGCCCCCAUUCUAUGCCAAUCUAUCAAAGAACGACACCAUUCCAAGCGUCAAUGGCGGCAUUCUUUGGGAAGACUCUAUCAACAAAAGGCUUUAUCUUUACGGUGGUGAAUACUAUAAUACACCGCCAGUCUCACCCGAUUUCUAUAGCUACGACAUCCUCUAUAACAAAUGGGUUUCACUCGGAGCUCCCCCACAGGAGGUUCAAGCGGCUAGCUAUGGAGCUGGUGUUUCAAUCUCGUCAAGGGGAGAGGCAUACUAUUAUGGUGGAUGGCUCAGUAACUCAUCUAUUGAAGGCUGGUCAGGGCCACCAAAAGCCUCCAGUGGUCUCAUUAAGUAUGAGAUGGAUGCGAAUUCGUGGAGCAACCUUACUGGACCUGAUGGAACAGGAAGAGCAGAAGGAGCUAUGGUAUUUAUUCCUGUUGGCGACAGUGGCAUGCUGGUGUAUUUUGGAGGUACUCAAGACUUAUACGGCAACGGAACCUUGACACCCCAGUCUUUGGAUGAGAUUUUCCUGUUCGAUAUUGCAAAUGGAAAAUGGUAUACUCAAAAGACAUCAGGAGAUACUCCUGACAAUCGACGUCGUUUCUGCGGAGGUGCCACCUGGGCAAAAGAUCAGUCAAGCUACAAUAUUUACAUCUAUGGCGGUGGGGGUUUCCCUCCAAAGACAGCAGGAUACGAUGAUAUCUAUAUACUCACUAUCCCAAGUUUUCAAUGGAUCAGAGGACCAUAUCCAACCUACCGUAACGGUACUGGCGCCUUCCCUAAGAGCAUGAUGAGCUGCAACGUGGUAAAUGAUGCACAGAUGCUUGUCAUCGGUGGGACCUACUCCAAUACCACAGAAUGUGACGUGCCAAUUAUCCAUGGCGCACACAAUAUGAAUUUGGGCCGGCAAAAUGAAAAGAAGGCAAUUUGGGCAGCUUAUCAGCCUAACCUAACAACGUAUGUUCUGCCCGUUGACAUUCGAACGGCCAUUGGGGGGAAGCCUACUGGUGCCGCAACGAAGACAGUUCCAGUUGAUGGGUUCGACGCUCCAGACCUGGCUGUGCAGAUGGAUCGGACUGCAGAGAUGAAGGACCGGACUGCAACUCGCGCGACUGCGACAAGUACCAAAAAGUCAGCUCCGCCAUCUGACACAAGCAAACCGUCACCGGGACUCAGCUCUGGGGCAAUAGCGGGAAUUGCCGUUGGGUGCAGUGUGGCAUUUAUCCUUGCUUUGGCAGGAUGUGGGGUCCUUGUUUAUAGGAGGCGGAAGUAUUACAGUCAAGAUCAUGUUGUGGCGGCGCCACCACUGCAGACCGAAAUUGUCACAGCUGGGACGGGAGGCCGGGCGCCGCUGGUAGCUCCGCCUUAUAACGGAGGACAGACAUCGCCCAUACACCCCCCGUCUGAACUGACAAGUGAUCAUAGAUCGCCUGACAUGUAUCAGAGGAUGAGCCCCAAGAGUGACCGUCACGUUGUCAGUGACAUUGGAGAUGGCCGGCCUAUAGAAUUAGAGGGCGAAGGUAAUGUCCCUGAGUACCAGGAUGGGCUGUCACCAUUAUCGGAAACUUCGUAA